AGCAGCGCCAUCUGCAGUCUCUUUAGAUAACUACUAUCGUUCUUUUAGCGCGAUGUCGGACUCGAGCUCUGACGAGGGCAGUGGUCCCGUCUCGUGGACGCCCUAUUGCCAGCGGGAUGAGUGGCGUGACGUGGUGCCCGUCCCCCAGGAUGACGGACCACACCCUGUCGUACAGAUUGCUUACUCCGAUAAAUUCAAAGACGUGUAUGACUACUUCCGGGCUGUGAUAUCGAAGCAUGAGAUCAGUGAACGGGCACUCUGUCUUACCAAGGAUGCUGCCGAGCUUAACCCCGCCAACUAUACAGUCUGGCAUUAUCGUCGAGUUCUACUGAAGGCAUUGAAGAAAGAUAUUAAACCAGAGCUGAGCUACAUAUCUGAUGUCAUAGAAGAUCACCCGAAAAACUACCAAGUGUGGCAUCACAGACGUGUUAUGGUAGAAUGGCUCAAUGACCCAUCAGUGGAGCUCAAGUUUACUUCACAGGUACUUGGAGGGGAUGCCAAAAACUACCAUGCAUGGCAACACAGACAGUGGGUCAUCCAGCGCUUUGAUCUGUGGGAGGGUGAGCUGGCCUAUGUUGACACACUUCUACAGGAUGACUUACGGAACAACUCGGCCUGGAACCAGCGAUACUUUGUGGUCAGCAAUACAUCAGGUUUCACUGGGGAGAGGCUGGAGCAGGAAGUCAGAUAUGCUCAAGAUUUCAUUAAAAAGGCUCCGAACAAUGAAAGUGCUUGGAACUACUUAAAAGGGGCACUGUUGGACCAUGAUCUGAGUAAGUACCCAGGCCUGAUGGACUUCUGUCAGCAGCUUUACGAGAGCCAGUACCGCUCACCGUACCUGAUGGGCUGUAUGGUGGACACGUACGAAGAGAUGCUAGAGCUGGACUGUGAGGAUAAAGUGGGUGUGCUGGACAAGGCUACUACAAUGUGCAAGUCCCUGGCGGAGGAGUUUGAUACCAUCAGGAGUGAAUAUUGGAACUAUGUAUCGCGAGUGUUGGCCACUAAAUUUGGAAAUACAAACUCAGAGACGACUCAAAUUCCUACCGGACCUUCCUAGUCCAAGGUGUUUUUGCUGUAUAUUUAAACCUUUCAUCCCCACCAGACAGAGUUAAUAAACUGGUGCAAGAUUCCUCCAUAUCAUGUGAAGUGCAAAGAAAACAUUGUACUUAUUGCUUGCUAACAAUAAGUAGGUUUAGGGAGAAGCUUAUGUGAUCGAGGUAGAAUGUUUUGUUGGUAUGUCUGUACAUAGAGCUUAACCUGGUAAUGUACAUGUAUAGUUACUAACAGGCUUCUGACAAGUAAUCAACGACGUCGGACAAGUGUUAUGAUCUCGUGCCUUUGUAAGAUACAGAUUGCAGGCAAGACAGCAUUCUUGGAAGAAACAGAUCAUGUAAAAUUACAAAUUUUAUGUAACAUUUUUUUAUAUCAUGCAGCUAUUCAGUGAUGUUUCAAGGUUAAACAAACCAGCUAAUACCUGUUGUAUUUGUAAGCUCACCUGGCCUGAAGGUCUGGUGUAGAUAUAAGCUCACCUGGCCUGGAGAGGUAAGCUCACCUAGCCUUAGGUCUGGUGGCAAUACAACCUCACCUGGCCUGAAGGUCUGGUGUAGAUAUAAGCUCACCUGGACUGGAGAUAUAAGCUCACCUAUUCUUAGGUCUGGUGGCGAUACAACCUCACCCGGCCUGGAGAGGUAAGCUCACCUAGCAUUAGGUCUGGUGGCGAUACAACCUCACUUGGCCUGAAGGUCUGGUGUAGAUGUAAGCUCACUUGGCUUGGAGGUCUGGUGUAGAUGAAAGCUCACUUGGCCUGACAGUCUGGUAGAGAUGUAAGCUCACUUAAUUGACCUGAAGGUCUGGUGUAGAUGCAAGUUCACUUGGCCUGAAAGUCUGGUGUAGAUGAAAGCUCACUUGGCCUGAAGGUCUGGUGGACAUGUAAGCUCACUUGGCCUGAAGGUCUGGUGGACAUGUAAGCUCACUUGGCCUAAAGGUCUGGUGGACAUUUAAGCUAACUUGGCCUGAAAGUCUGGUGGACAUGUAAGCUCACUUGGCCUGAAGGUCUGGUGUAGAUGUAAGCUCACUUGGCCUGAAGGUCUGGUCAAGUUUUAUUGGUGUACUGAAUUGCUAGGUAUAUAAUUUUUUGUGAUAACAAUUGAAUAAAUCUCAACCUGUGUUCAGUUUUAUGUAAAUGGAAUGUAAUCUAAAUUGAGUUGUCGUUGUAUUACUAACGCUGGUUAAUUUAAGUAAUUAUUAUGCAUAUGGUUAACAUUUGGCUGUACCUCGUGUUUCCAUACAGUGUACAAUAGUCAUGGUUAUAACCGUUACAUUCAGAUAAAAUGUGUUUACAAUAAUUUGUAAGUCAAUAAGUGGAUUAUUUGUUCAUUAUGUGUGGAGAAGCCUGUUUGUUUUUAGUAUAUUGUACAGACUGUAUUUUUCAGUCAAGAGUAAAUAUGUUGGGAUACUGGAACAGUUACUAUGUAAUACGCACAAUUAUAAAAAUUGAAUUUGGAAGAUACACUAGUAUAUUGUGCAAUGAUUGUGUUCAUCUUCACCGUAAACAAAUACUGUCUGCAGCAACUGAUGAGAUUAUAUACAACUUUGUUUAAUCAUACAAUAUCCACAAAAAUGCUCUGUAACUCCUCAAUCAAGAAAUGAUACAUAACACUUGUGGGACACUAUUCUGCAUAGAAAUAUUGUAGAUAAAGAUUUUCUCCCUUAAUAUUUAAGGAUAUAUAUAUUGAACGUGAUUUGGAGAGUUUUCCCCCCAUUUGAAAAGACAACCCUAAAGGAGCAUGUGUUUUUUUACCUUUUGCUUAAUGCAUCCUACAUUUAUUACUGAAUUUAGUAUUACGUGAGAAAGAGGCUAAAUGAAGUACAACCUAUAUAUUACCUACUACAUAAUAUUUCCCAAUCUUUGAAAGAAACCCAGCAAAAAAAUACAAAGUUGGGUCCUGAAAACCUAAGUCACACAACACAGUCAAGAGUGACAGACAAAAGAAUGUCUUGAAACAUUGCCAUUGACAUGCUAUACUAUGUAUGGUGUCAAAUUGGUCAAAAGGCAUUUGUGUUUCAAUUCACGAAUGUGAUUGGUGGAUACUGGUCAAGGAGUUGUAGCACUUUGCUGUAUGCCGAGUCUCGGUCAAUAAGAAUGGAAGAGACUCUGUGGUAGCUUAUCAUGAUUUACAGUAACCCUCAAGUCCAAAGUGUUACCCGACUCCCAACUGUAAUCAACUAUUUGUAUCGUAAAUGGUAAAUUAGACAACUAGAGAAGCCAGGAAAGUCUGUGCAUCCAAAGAAUUAACUUGGCACACUGAGCAGAUAAUGACAUGUUUUAGACAAAAUUUUGUUCAGGUAUUUCAUGCAUUUUCCUGAGAUGUCUAAACCUGUGUGUUGACUUAAAUUGAGGAAAUAUAAUUUUGACCGACUCAUGAAAAUCUGCAUAUGAUUUGAUAAAUGUAUAUGAGUUAUUGAGUAUAAUGUAAUUGAGUUGUGUUUGACUGUAAUCACGAGUUCUUAGGCCUGGGGUGCUAUUGUCGGCCGUACAUUUAUUUAACCUGUUAUUAUUUUUUUUUCUACGUCCAGUUGUUAUAAUAAAUGUCCUGAUAUUUAA